AUUGUAAGUAGCUGCACAACAAAAACCAAUUUUUUCGCUAGUGCUUUCUACCAAAAAUGUCGAUAUAAUAAUUGAGAUGUGCUGCAUUGACUGCACAAAAUUGAACGAUGUUGCAGCGUUAAUAAUUGAAUAAAAAGCUUUUUUAUUAACCACACUAGUUCAACUACUCCACUGUAUUAAAUAGUCUUGUCUGGCGCUUGGUUGCAGGCACUUACAAGCAGCAGCAGCAGCAGUUGCAGCAGUUAUUGUUGAACGAUACGCCAGCGCCAUGCUCAUAAGAAACGCUCCGAGUAUCCAACCCAAACGAGCAAGUGCCAAAAAUCGCAAAACCAAAGCGUGAGCACCCAAUUCUGCCCCAAGUUGAGUGUAGCGAGGCGCUGUCUAAGAGACACCCAAAGAGAGCGUAAGCAAGAGCGAGAGAGAGAACGAGAGAGUGCAGAAGCCGGAAAACUAGUCAAGCGCUAGGCAGUUGCAUUUAUUAUUGACGGCAUUUGUGGUGCAUCAUCAUGGGCAACAAGAACUCGUGCUGCGCCUACUCGAGUCCACAGUCGGAUCGAAAGUCGAAGGAUAUACCGCCAGUGUAUGAGGAGCGGCAUCAACUGCCGCACACAUCCCAGCAUCAGCUGGACGGUCAUCAUGGAGCUGGUGGCGUUGCAAUGUCCGUGCAUCAUCACCAACAACAUCAUCAGCAGGGCAACAGCAAUAUGGACAACACUGAGAAUCAACACAAUCUGCAGCACAUCUCGGAGCGUGAGGCGCUCGAGGGUGAGGAGGAUCCCUCAGUGGAUCCAACGGCAGCAACCAUGUUUCUAGAGCGCUCCAAAGUGGAAAACGGUGGAAUGUCGCGCAAACGUUCACAGCAUCAGAUUGCACAACAAAAUAGCAGCAUGGGUGGCAGUGGUGGCGGCGGCGGCUCCAACACGCCUGGCGCCAAUAGCUCCGGUGGCGGCAUCGCUGGAGGUGGUGGACUGAAAAAGAGCUCCUCGUGCUCCACAAUUUAUUUAGAUGAUAGCACCGUGUCCCAGCCAAAUCUGAAGAACACCGUCAAGUGUGUUUCAUUGGCCAUUUACUAUCACAUCAAGAAUCGGCAAUCCGAUCGACGUCUGGACAUCUUCGACGAGAAGCUGCAUCCCCUAACACACGAUCAUGUGCCCGACAACUAUGACACCCUCAAUCCAGAGCAUCGACAGAUCUACAAGUUUGUGCGCACGCUCUUCAAUGCCGCCCAGCUGACGGCCGAGUGCGCGAUCAUAACUCUAGUCUAUCUGGAACGUCUGCUCACCUAUGCGGAGCUAGAUGUGGGGCCAUGCAACUGGAAGCGCAUGGUAUUAGGUGCCAUACUGCUUGCCUCGAAGGUGUGGGAUGACCAGGCAGUCUGGAAUGUCGACUACUGCCAGAUACUCAAGGAUAUUACGGUCGAGGAUAUGAAUGAGCUGGAGCGUCAGUUUCUGGAGCUGUUGCAGUUCAACAUAAAUGUGCCCUCUUCCGUUUAUGCCAAAUAUUAUUUUGAUUUGCGCACGCUUGCUGAAGCGAAUGAGCUCAAUUUUCCCACUGAGCCGCUGUCGAAGGAGCGCGCCCAGAAGCUGGAGGCCAUGUCGCGCGUCAUGCAGGACAAGGUGACAGCCGAGGCGCUCAAGAAUGGCAUCAAGAAAUGGUCCUCAAUGGACAAUGUCAGCCAGGGCGGACCGCGACGCAGCGUGGCCAUAUUAUCGUGAUUUAUAUUAGCUUAUUAAAAACUAAACAAACAAAAACUGUAUUCUAUUCUGUGUAGAAGCCGUAGCGGUACCGACUUGUCCUUCCCACACAAAGAAACGAAACUAAGAAAUUGUAAAACUGAAAGAGUCGCGCUUAUAAGUGUAAACACAAUUUGUUUAAACGAACUUCAAUUUAUACAUUUCUUAUGACUUGAACUCCAUUUGCUAUCAUUUAAUUAAGAUUUAAAUAGUUGACUAACUUUACAAGAAAGUUGCACCAAAAUCUAACGAAAGCCGCAUACAAAAUGAAACAUACAAGAAAAUUUAAAGAAAGUAAUGAAUGUCUUUUACACACACAUACACCCACACACCACGUCUCGAAUUAAGGACCACUUUUUAUAUAUAUACACACAAUGGUAUACAAUACUACCGAUUGCAGUCAAGGAUUUGGAUGUCUUUUAAAAUAUGCCUAACAACUACAACAGCGCGUAACCAAUUGCCAAAAACAAAAAUACUUAAA